AAUAAAUAAAAUUUUAAUUGUGUUGCAAAAAAUGAAUCUAUGGUUACAAUUACGGGAUUAUGUUCGCGGUCAGUUUUUCGAUGUCGGUUAUAUACAAGUGAUGUAUACAAGCGUUUUGUUGUUAAGUCACUUAACAUUUUACAUGAAGUAUGCGUUAAUAGGACCGGCGUUUGUGGACUUUAAAUACAUUUUAAACACAUCGUUAGAGACCAUAACACGUAUUCCCACAUUAUAUACCGGAGGUAUUAUCGUUGGCACACUUUUGGGCCUAUUGCACCGGUACGUGAACCGGCAAAUCACCAUCAUCAUCGUACUGGUGGUAAUGAACGUGUUCAACACAGCCAUGCCGUACUCCCAACACGUGUGGCAACUGUACGCGUGUGCGGCCGUAUUGGGUGUGACGGCCGGCGCGUGGCUCACGGCUUACAACGUGUGGCUCAUCGAGAUCUGGCAGGAAAAGGCCGUACGAGUGUUGCUCUUCUCGCAGCUCAUGCACGGCAUCGGCCAGUUUGCCGGCGAACAACUCGCCCGACCAUACCUUACUGGCCAUCCGCCCGACGCGUAUAACUCAACCGUAAACGAUAUGUACGGCGAAUACUCGCCGGACGAGAGACGGGCCAAACUGGUGGUGCCGUUCCUGAUCGGAGCUGUCGUACACGGCAUCGGUCCACUCCUAUUGAUCAUUAUGUAUAUAACAAAACCGUACGUAAAAGUCAAGCAAUACUACACCGUCGAGACGAGUACGGAUCGGGACGCUCGCCAGGCGGCGGCGCCAACGCUGGCCGUCACCGCCCGACCACGACUGGUCACCCGAGCGCUGGUGUGUCUAAGUUUGGGCACAAUUCACUCAAUUGAUUCGCUAAUACCGGACUUCGCCGUCACUUACCUGCAGUACAUACCGGCGCGGCUGUCGGCCUCGCGAGCGGCGUCCGUGACGUCGGCCAUAUCGGGCACCUAUACGGUGGCGCAUCUCGUGGAACUGGUGGCCACCUAUGCGUUCACCACCAGUCAGAUCAUUCACACCCACUUUGCCAUCGCCUGCGUGGCGUUUGUGGCGCUGGCGUUCGUCGGCCACAACGAAACCCUGGUGUGGAUCAGUUCGGUGGCCGUGGGUUUCGGUGUAUCCAUACUAUUCCCGGCGCUGUUGGCUUUUUAUGGCUCUGUUGUGGUGGUCAGCGACCGCAUGGCCACCGCUAUAUGGCUCUCGUGGGGCGCCGUAUACUUCGCGCCGUCGCUGGUGUUGGGCCACUAUAUCGAGAGCACUCCGUAUGUGUUUGUUGUGAUCGCUUUGGCAUUGAUUUCG